AUGGACGGCAAAGGCGGAGAGCCCCCGGGGCCGCGCCAGAAGGACACGAGCCUACCUGGACACGACAUUUUUUGCACUCCAGAGAACAGCAACUUCCUAUCGGGAACUCCGUACAGCGCACUUGAUCCCACUCAACGAGAGAUUCGUCUUCUUAAAGUGCUUCCAGACUCCGGCAGUGGAUUUGUGGAGUGUGAGUUACUGCCCAGCGCACCUAUUGCCGAAGUGCGAGGCAAAUACUUGGCCCUCUCUUAUUGCGCCGGCGAUCCACGAAAUACAGAGAUAAUCCUCGUCAAUGGCGUCAAGUGCAACGUCUUUGCCAACCUCUGCCACGCGUUGACAUGCGCUCGGCACUUUUGGACGACGCAGCCCGGCGAUGAAGACUUUCUGCUGUGGGCGGAUCAGAUCUGCAUCAACCAAGCUGACCUUUCCGAGAGAUCUCAUCAAGUUGGAUUUAUGAGGGACAUCUAUCAGAGUGCACAGCAGACUCUCAUUUGCCUGUCAACGUCCAAUACUCAGGGCAAAGGCAUGAAAUGGUUUAUUAAAGCCUUUUACGGAGACGGCAAGCGGCCACGAAGGCAAUCUCGGGGUAAACCAACCACAAAUCCCGGCGAUAACCUGACCACCUUCUGGGAAGAGGUGACUGAAAGUCCUUGGUGGACCAGAGCUUGGGUCUUUCAGGAGUUCAUGGUGUCGGCUGAGGCAACCUUUCUUUCUGGGCGUUAUCAUCUCCCUUGGGUGAUGACCCAGUUCGCACUCGAGCGAUAUCUCGGCCAUGAAUACGAUCGCACUAUACUUCACAGUCUCAUCGGGAUAAUGAAACCACAAAACUCCACGGUGCAUUUUAGAAAUCCCGCCGAGGCAGUAGGAAUAGUCAGGGUCAUGCUCAAGACCAAAGCCGAAUGGGACGAUGCAUAUAGCCUCCCGUUUCUUCUUGCUCGCUCCCAAGGUUUCAAGGCGUCUGAUGAUCGGGACCGAAUUUACGCCUUUCUUGGCCUUGCUCACCCAGGGUACGCCAUAACUCCGGACUACUCAGCUAGCAACACCUUGUGCCAUGUUCUCACCGAGACAACCAAAAAUAUAAUACUCUUCGAGGAUCACCUUAAUGUCUUGUCGGCGCUGGGCACUUACCGACGCAGCCGGAGGCCAGGGCUACCAUCAUGGGUAGUGGACUGGACUAGAAAAGAGGUCCCUGUCGACGCAGGUAGGAAUUUCAACGCAGUCAAGUCCACUCCCCCUCACAGGGAUCAGGCAAUUGUGUCUUUUAGGGAAACCACAUUCCCCAAAACUUUCCAAGCGGCCACUGUCAUGGAAGUAACAGGCAUAUUUGCCACAUUGAUCCCUGACCGCAAUCAACAUCCCGUCCCUCGCUCUGGGGAAUCCGAUCUAAUAUACGGGAAUGGUACAACUAAUCUUGAGGUCUGGUAUCUUGGUGAAUUGCCUUUUGCCCUAAAGAGUGAGUCGUACGGUUAUCGGAUCAUUCGACGGGUUGGCGCUUUCGUCGAUGGUCCGGAAAUCCUAAAUGUGCCCGACAAACGGGAGGCGCUUGCUAGAGCGACACCAAGAGUUAUCUCCAUCUUUUAG